GUCGUGAAGGGAUCAUCGAAUGUCGCUCAAGUCUGGCUAUCUGACCAAGCAGGGCGGCAGCGUCAAGAGCUGGAAACGAAGAUGGUUUGUGCUGCAGCCGGCGGGACUGACAACGCCUGCGAGCUUGCAGUACUUUAAGACGGAUCGCGCCGCGCUGCAGGCGAACGCAGAGGCGCUGGGCACAAUCAGCCUCGCAGAUGUCGCCGAGGUCCGGAAGGCGGAUGCGGAUCCCGAGGUGGCAGGAAAGCGCUUUGCUAUUGCGUGCGUCACCCCAUCGCGCACAUACUGGCUCGUCGCAGAUUCAGAGUCUGAAAUGAACGACUGGCUGAGCAUCCUCACAGAGACGCUGGCAGCCACGGCGGCGCAGUCUCCGUCGAGCCUCUCGCAGCCUGCUGGCGUCGCGUCCAUCCUUGCCGCUCCCAUUGUGCACGAGGGCUACUUGACCAAGCAGGGCGGCUCCGUCAAGACGUGGAAGAAGCGGUGGUUUGUCCUGCGCGGCAACGCCAUUUUGUACUACCGCACCCAGGACGCCAAAACUCCUCUGGGCAUCAUCAACCUGGCUGCAUCCAUCGGCACCGCAGAGAUUUCCAUCCCUGGCCACCAGUUUGCCUUUGAAAUCGCGACCCGAGACCGCAAUUACUUGUGUGUCGCGAGCUUCAAGGACGAGCUGGAUGGCUGGCUCGACGCCAUUCGUCGGGUAUCAGACGGCUCACAUGCAAGCGGUAUCGAACAUCUCACUUUCCAGCAAGUACAGGCGACCAACAGCAACGGCGCGAGUGCAGGCACUGCGGUUACAAAUGGCUCGCUCGACAUUUCGGAUUUGCUGGCCCAAGGCGAGAAGAUCUUGGGCUCCGACUCGGAGGAGGAAGAGGCACCCAAGAGUGACUCUGCAGCAGUUGCAGAGGUCGCUCCUCGCCCUGUUGCGCCGCCUCGCAACACGUCGUUGAACAAGCACGAUUUACAGGCUGUUGCCGUGCGAGAGAAACUUGCUCAGAUGGGGCCUCCUUCCCCAUCCACUCUCAAGGCGCCUGAAGUCGAUGCUAUUCUUGCUGCAUCGGUCGAGGAGCCGGCGGAAGGUGCUUCGUCGUCCAAUCCGUUCGAAACUAUCAGCACCAUGCUCACGAAGGUCUCUGGCUCGCUGGACGAGUCAGCUCCCUCUUCGGAGACAGCCACUCUCGGUGCCUCAGCUCCAGCGUGCAUUGAUUCCCGCGCGUCGAUCGCCCCGAGCUCAGCAGCAAUGGAUGAGAUGAAUUCGCUCCUUCAAUCGCUGUGAAUGAGUGAUAUGUUUUGGCUUUUUGUUGUUCUGGUUAUUGUUGAAUUAUUGUUCAUUUUUACACAUGGGUUUAAAGUGAGUUACAAUGGGGAGUGAAUUGAUGUGCAG